AAAAGGACGCGUUGACUCGAGGUGGGGGCGACGCGGAGGUUUUCCGCAAGUCUCUAUAAAUUUCCUCGCAUGCCGCCACCGACCAUCGCAUUCGGAAGGCACAUCGCAUUGGUAGUAGGCCGGUUUACAGUGACAGUGUCAGUGACAAUACUUAACGAUGGAUGACGAUCAACAAAAGGUCGCGAUUUUGCGCAAACUCUUCCAGAUGUUCGAUACCGCAAAAACAGGCUUCAUUGAGACGCUAAAGAUUUCCACCAUGCUUAACACCAUGGGUCAUAUUUUCGACGACAAUGAGCUGAACAAUCUCAUCGGCGAGCACGACCAGAACACGGGCAAAGUGAACUUUGAUAGCUUUUGCAGCAUUGCAUCACAUUUCUUAGAGGAAGAAGAUGACGAAUCGACAACCCAAGAACUCAAAGAAGCGUUUAGGUUGUACGAUCGUGAAGGAAACGGUUACAUAACCACCGCCACGCUUAAAGAAAUCUUAGGCGCGCUGGACGAUAAGCUUACCAGCAGUGAUCUAGACAGCAUCAUCACAGAAAUCGACACGGACGGUUCUGGAACAGUAGAUUUUGAUGAAUUCAUGGAAAUGAUGACUGGCGACUAAAUUCCGCAACGUAUCACCACAACUUCCGGACUAUUCAAUAGUUCGCAGCCUGGUAGUGCUAAGAUUCGAGUACGGACGUUAAUUCUCACUAAACACAUAAAUUAAUAACAUAAACUUAUGUAUCAUAUGCAAAUGUAUGAAAUUAAACAAGAAAAACUAAAAACAUUGAUAUAAAAUCCA